AUGCACGCCUCCGGCCGCCGGUCCUGGAGCGCUGCUCGGCAGGCGCCCGGCGCCGACCCCGCCAUGGAGCCCCGCGCGGGGCUGCACAGCAGCCCGGAGCUCAGCCGGGCCAAGCGGCUCACCGUGGGGGAGCUCUGCUCCCUCUUCGAAGCUCGCUGCGCCGCCGUCGCCGCCGCCGCCGCCCGUCAGCUGCCCGACCGGCCGAAGAGGGGCUGCCGACCCCCGAACGGGGUUCUGCCGCCCGUCAUCCCGCGGCUCACCGUCACCGCCGAGGAGAGCGAGGAGGCGCAGGGCAGCCCCCAGGCGCGGCCGGCGCGGCCGGAGGGCGGCGGGCUGAGGACGGGCAGCUCGCUGCACCUGCAGUCCCGCAGGCUGUCCAACUCCUCGGUCUCCUCCACCGGCUCCUCGUCCCUCCUGGAGGACUCGGAGGACGACGUGCUGAGCGACACGGAGUGUAGGAGCCAAGGCAUCGUGCACUUGGAGCACGGCGAGGACACCAGCCAGAAAAAGGCAUGGCAUACAAUUAAAACCAUGGUUAACUUACCAGUCAUCAGCCCCUUCAAGAAACGCUACUCGUGGGUGCAGCUGGCUGGGCAUACAGGGAGUUUCAAGGCAGCUGAUAGUGGGAAGAUUCUCAAACGCUUCUCAGAGAAUGAAAAGGAGUGUUUUGAGCGAUUGAUGAAAGACCCACUACGUUCCUGCGUCCCUUGCUUCCAUGGUGUGGUGGAGAGAGAUGGCGAGAGCUACAUCCAGCUGGAUGACUUGCUUACUGAUUUUGAAGGGCCAAGUGUGAUGGACUGCAAGAUGGGGAUCAGAACAUACCUGGAGGAAGAGUUGGCUAAGGCACGAGAGAAGCCAAAGCUGCGUAAGGACAUGUACAAGAAAAUGAUUGAAGUGGAUCCUCUCGCUCCCACGGCUGAAGAGAACGCCCAGCAUGCAGUCACCAAACCCCGCUACAUGCAGUGGAGAGAAACCAUCAGCUCUAGUGCCAACCUGGGCUUCAGGAUUGAAGGAAUUAAGAAGGCGGAUGGAACAUGUAACACAAACUUCAAAACUACAAAGACACAGGAGCAAGUUCUACAGGUUUUUGUGGAAUUCAUUGAGGGCAACACAACUAUUCUGAAAAAAUACCUCAAACGUCUGCAGGAAAUUAAUGUCAUUCUUGAAUCCUCAGACUUCUUCAAGCGACAUGAGGUCGUGGGAAGUUCACUACUUUUUGUACAUGAUGGCAGUGGGAAUGCCAAUGUGUGGCUGAUCGAUUUUGGAAAGACCACGCUUCUUCCUGAUGGGCAGACACUAGAUCACAGGAUCCCCUGGCAAGAGGGCAACAGGGAGGAUGGCUACUUGUUGGGAUUGGACAAUUUGAUUGGCAUCUUGGAAAGCAUCACUGAAAGAUGAGUUGAGAAAGGCACAAAACUUGCAGGGCUUCUCUGUAACUUUCUGCUUUACUGAAGUAGAAGGAAACUCAGUUAGAAGGAAACCUUUAACUCCAAACUCCUGAGGUUGUCAGUGCAGAGGGAGCUGCAUCCAGAAGCCAGCAGUCAGUGAUCAAAGUUACUUUGCAUCAGCCCUCUAUGAACCUAAAUGAAUCACUCCAGAUUGGUCUGUAUUGCACCAGAUGAACUUGAGACUGGUCCUCAGAGAAUGAAGAUCUCCAUACUCGGGAAUCACACCAGCAUGAGUCAAGAGGUCUGUGUGGUAAACCAGAAUGAUUAUGAUUUCUGGCAAAAUGGGACUCCAAAUUACUUCUUAGAGAACCAGGGUGAAUGCUUGGGAACUCAGGGCAGGAAAAAACAUUGUUCAGGGAAUAGUUGCAUAGUUUUGAAACCAGAUUGUUUUUUUUUUUUCCUCUCUAAUUCCAAGUCCUCUUGCUCCUGUGUACACUAUAAGUUGGACCAACAACUUCUGCUGCAUUAUGUUACAGUGUGAGCAAGGUGCAAAUGACUGAUAAUCAAGAGAAACUGGGAGGAAAGAGAGACAGCAGUUUGUAGUGGCCUGAUGUGGCUAACUGCUCUUGACCAUUUCUCCCCUUCCCUACCCUACCCUACCCUACCCUACCCUUGCCUCUAUCCAACAACAGCCUUGGUUUUUUUCUGUAGCCGCUCAGGAGAUUACAAAUACUCUAGGGAGAGAAUUGCUGCCUAUUGUCUCCAAAAACAUUUGACUUUCCAAUGGGUGGGCUGUUGGAUAUGUUACGAAGUUGGAGAGUUAGGCCUCUUGCAGCUGAACUGCAGCUCUGAAAAUCACUAAUGAUCUUUCACAAACUGGUCAGGGAACUAAGUUUGUUUUCCAAGGCUUGUUUAUUUUUGAAGAUAAAACCCCUAUACACAUGCACACACUAGUAGUCAGCAACCAGUGUGAUCUCUGAAGAUCAUGGUUUGACUGUCUCCUAAUGCAUAUGACUUCUUGGCCAUGUUCCUGUUCUAUAAUAUGACGCUGCCACUUACACGUAUAAAGUGGCACAGCAAUCAGAGAGGUCGUGUUUCUGCAUUCACAGCAUUGCAUAAUGAUAAUUCCCAGGCAUCCUUCCUCCAAGGUAUCAGCUGUUAACUCCAGGCCACUUUGGGUUAAGAAAUGUCAAUAUAUUAUAUCCUAUAGUCCCCACCUGGAAUCACAGAGUAAUCUGUGCUUCAUUCUUUUGCUUUGGUCCAGGCACAGCCACAGAAAAUUUGUUUUCUUGCAAUGGCUUCACAUACCUUCUCUGUUGGUUGCUUCUAGUCACUGGAACAGUUUUUUAUAUACUGGAGUUUAAAUACUAUCAUUAGUCAUAUGUUAACUCACAUUCCAGGUUUUAACAUCAGUAAUGUGGUGAUGCAGUUUUCACAAUGCAGGUAAGGGUUACGUUACCAGUUGAUGGUAAAAACCCUUUCAACAUCUAGAGGUAGUAUUGCACGUUGAUCAGAAAUUCCUGUCUUUUGCUGGUGUCCUGUGCUCAGGAAAGAGCCUGAGAACUUUGGAUAUAUGAAGGUGACUCCACUUUUGGGAAACUGCUGUUUCAAUAAUAGUUGAUAUCAUAAGCAAAAAAAACUCCUAUACAGUCCAGAUCUGGAAUAAAAUCUGUAAUAUUUGUAAUUAGAGUUGGACAGCCUAAAAUAAUUUCUAAAAAGAGUUACUUUGGGUAACACACUACUCUACUAAAAGAUUUAAUUACUUUAUCAACUCUAAACAAAACAGGAGUAUUGAAAAUUGAAGCUCAGUUGUGAUGUAAAAGGUGACACAGAGUAGGUAUUCUGUAGCAAGUAAUGACAUGUGGAAAUAUUUAAUCUUAAACCAGAAGUUGUCUGAAACUGGUAAUUAUUUUUUCAGUUCACAGCAAAUUCAGACAACUUCUGUGGCCUCCCAAAGUUUCUGUUUUAUAUUUAUGGUAGUAUGUUAAUGGAUUUUUCACUUAAAAGUUUCAGAGUGUUUGUAUUAGGUUUUUUUGAAGUGACAGUGAGCACAGAUUGUAUCAUUCCAGAUGCCUCCUAACUUUUGAACUGCUGUGAGAUGACAAAUUAAUCUGUAGUGAAUUCCAUACAGUUAAAAAAAAAAAAAGUAUUUCUCCUUUUCUACAGCCAACAGGUCAGCCACUGGAUAGCAGUGCCUAAGGAGAAUAGCAGUGCUUAAGGACAGUAGCAAGUAAAUAGGUCUCACAGGCAGGACUUUAAUGACAUUGCCUUUUUUAUGAGACUGCAAUUGCAAGCUGUCCUACCAUAAUUAAAAAGAAUUAUACAAGCUAGAAAUAAGAUUAGGACAUUAAUCUUCAGAGUUAAAUUUCUUUCUUCUGUUACACAUAUGUGAAUCUUUUACACCAAUGUAACCUGUUUUCUGGAGGGAAGAUCUAAACAGUAGAGGUUGGUACUCAAAUGUCAGUUGAGAGUUUAAGACAAACUUUUAAAAUGACUGUCCAGUUCUAAAGGAGCACUGGAACAAUGUGGUAUCAGUAGCUUCAAAGAAAACAACUCCUGGUAGCACCUGGCUGCUUUUACUGUACAUGGUCCUGGGAGAAAACACGGAGAAGGUUUGUUCCACUGCAGUAGCUGAAAAUGUCAGGGGAAAAGGAAAAUCUCUGCUAUAGCAGACACUGAUCUGGAAACUCAUUCCAGAUGAUGUGUAGUUCUAGGAAGUUAGUUUUGAAAUGGCUUUUUGUCUUGCUUAGAAAGAAAGAAAUCACAAUCAUCUGUUUCUGUUAUGGGAAAGGAGAGAAGGAGGCAGCUUUUCAUAGCAAACUGUGAGUGUAGGACUUGAGCUGAGCACUGGAGCUCUAAGGAGCUGAGAAGCAAACUGCCCCAGGGUAAGUUUUAGAUUCCUUGUUUCUCAUCAGGUGGCCCAGAGCACCUGUCUAUGGACAUGCACUUGCUAGUGUGAGGGAGCAGCAUGGCCUUCUUUCAAUGGGGUAAGUUGUGUUGAAUAAGCUUAUAUUUACCAGAGGGUCAACAUGGUGCAUGUGCACAGGCGUGUAACACAGGGGGAGCUGAUGCAUGGUAACCACAGAAUUUAUUCACAUGCAAGUCCAGAAUGUUGUUCAUUAAUGCAUCUGGUGAGAUAGUGCCUCUGGUGACACUGAGCACGUGUGAUUGCACAGCAGGGUCAGAAAUGCUGGCCUAGAGGCACUUUGGUGCUGAACAGAUGGCCUCUGAACUAGGUUCCAAGCUCUUUAAACUCACUAGUUAGAUGCAGCAGUGCUGUAGCUGCUGCAUUCCUGUGUUAAUCAAGAAGUAGGACUAGGACUACUCUCCCUCAUCUUCAUCAUUGAAUUGGUUUUUUUGGCCUUGGACUACUAUCCUAGGCAUUGUUUUGUUCCAAUCUUAUAGAUGGGGAUAGACCUACUUGCCUCCAUGGGAAUGGUGUGAGGCUGUCUUUCAUUAGUGCCUGCAAGCUGCUGUGAGAUUCUUUGGAGGAGGGUGCAAUAUAGAAUGAAAUGCACAGAGACAGAUCAGAUAAGUUUAAAAAUUAUGGGCAUUGAGACCCCACAGAGAUACAAAUUUGGUUGAAAUUUAAUAACCAAAGUGGGAAAACUUAAACCCCUCUAAAUUUUGUACAGGGAGGUAUUCACUUAAAGUCUGAUCCAGUUCCUGUUAAAGGAAAAGAUUUCAAUGGGAGUUGGACCAAACCCUUAUGUAUUUCAGAGGGCUUUUGCUACUUUUUUUUAUUGCUGUUGUUAUUAUUUGUUAUUCUUAAGGUACUGAGAUCAAAUGGCCUGUAUCAUCCACAUGCAUCCGUUCUGAACACUACAAUGCAAUGCUGACAUUGACUGUAUUGGAUGAGUGUUUGUUACUCUGAAGUGUGUAUGCUACUAAAUAAAUGAGACUGAAGGAAAAAAA